AUGAGAAUCACCAUCAUCAACAUCACUGUCAUCGUUACCACCCUCAACAUCCCUGCGAGCAUCAGCAAUACCACCAUUAGCAUCACGACCAUCACAGACACCAUUGCAGCCGCUGCUUUUAUUACUCCCGUCACCAACGAUAUCACCAGUAUCAUCUCAAAUACAGACACACUCCCCGACAUCUUCAAUAUUUCCACCCUCAAUAUCACCGUCUUCACUUCAACCACCACCGCUAUUAAUUUCACCCCCCGCCAUCGCUCCCAAUUUUACCCACCACCCCUUUUAUCGCUACCGCCUCCAUCACCACCACAACCACAGCCACCCGUCUGCGCUGCGGCCAAUUUAGCCGGGAGCCACUCCAUCUUUCCUCUGUACUCGACCCCGCCCCCCCUGCGCGUCCCGGCAGUUCAGCCGCAGCCGCUGCCUGCAACCCCUCCCCCUCCUCCUCCUCCUCCUCGUCCCCCCACCCUCGACCCGCGAUCCUCGGAACUCGAAUCGAACCGAGAGAGCUCCUCGCGAGGAGACGGAAGGAAGAUGGAAGAUAAAGCGCUGAGCGGCACGCCCGAGCUGCCGGCGGCGCACUUCGAGCCGCAGGUGGCGAUGGUGUGCGGGGGCGGCAGCGGCGGCGCGGGCGGCGCGGGCGAGAUGGCGCGCCCCCAGUACCACGCGCAGUACAUGGCCGAGUCUGGCCGCUGGGUGUCGGACCUCGCCACCAAGGCCGGCUGCCUCAAGGACAAGCUCGACAUCCUGGAAUACUGCAAGAAGGUGUACCCGAAACGCGACAUCACCAACAUCGUGGAAGGCUCCCACUUCCAGCGUGUCACCGGCUGGUGCAGGCUGGGCCACAAGAAGUGCAAAGGAUCACACGCGGAGUGGGUGAAACCCUACAGAUGCUUAGAGGGCCCGUUCCAGUCGGACGCGCUGCUGGUGCCCGAGUCGUGCCUGUUCGACCACAUCCACAACCAGACGCGCUGCUGGGCGUUCGACCGCUGGAACGCGACGGCGGCGCGCGCGUGCGGCGAGCGCGACCUGGCGCUGCGCUCGUUCGCCAUGCUGCUGCCCUGCGGCAUCUCGCUCUUCUCGGGCGUCGAGUUCGUCUGCUGCCCCAAGCACUUCAAGGACAACCUGAAGCCGAAGAAGCCCGUGGACCUGGCCAGCCUGCAGAAGAAGGAGGAGCAGCAGCAGCGAUUGGACGACGGCGGCGCUGCGGCGCCCGCCCCCGAGGCGGUGGCGGCGGCGGCGGCGGCGGAGGCGCCCGUCCAACAGACGCAGACGCAGCAGGAGCAGACCCAGCAGGGCGACGGCGCAGCGGCUGUGGACGACGUGGCCGCCGACGAUGACGACGAGGACGAGGAGGACGAGGAGGCUGACGACGCGGAUGACGCUGACGAGGAGGAGGCGGAGGAGGACGCGGCGGGCGAGCAGGCGGAGGAGGGCGCGGGGGCGGCGCAGGCGGCGGCCGCUCAGGCGGACGCGGCGGCGCAGGCGGCCGACGACAGCGCCUCCGACGGCGACGAGGACGACGACGAGUACGGCGACGAGUACGACGGAUCCGCAGGUGACGGCAGCGGCGGCAGCAGCACGGCGUCCCCAGGCAGC